ACACUGCCCCAGUUUUGGAGACUCUCCGCUGGACAGCGGCAGUGCGCAGGAGCCACGGAACCCCUCCGUCAGUCUCAGCCGUCCUCUGAGGAGGAAAAUUGCCAAAAAAGUGCUUGUGAAAAAUGUAAAAAACUACAGAGUGAGUCGGUGAUCUUGUGCUUUUUGGCGGGAAAUCCCAGAGGCCGCACGUGUGAAGGCAGAAUCCCAAGAUGGGAAACUCUCAGGCUGUGCCGGACAAGCCUGCGGGCAAGAUGGUGAAGGCCAAGAGCUUCAUGCGCUUCGGGGGCAAGAAGACACCCACGAAGGAGCCCAAGGGCGAGCCUGAAGUGCAGGGCAUCCUAAUUGGGGGCCACAGGAGGAAAUUCAAGUCGGCGGACUCCACGUACUUCAGAGGCCAAGCUGAGCAGUCAGCAGCGUCUCAAGCGGUGCCAGAGUUGACGAACAAUGGGAAUUGUGAGGCGAAUGAGGCACAAUUGGAGGUUCAGCCGCGUAAAUCCAUCAGUGAGCACGUGUCGUUGACCUCGAGUGAAAGACAGGAGAAACCAGCUCCGGCUGAUUGUUCGGUGCUCUUGGAUGACGACCUUCUCAGUUACAAUUCUGCCGUCACGCGGGCCGGAAGUCAAGCGCCAGUGCAGGACAAAUCCAUCCUCCUCGUCACGGACUCGUGGAAGAAGGCGCAGAGUGUGGACAGAGGACAGGCAGUGCGAGAAACCACAUCGAAUUGCGGGAGUUUCGUGGUGGUGCGCGAACAGACAACCUCUUCCAGUUCAGACUCCAUCUUCACGGACGCCCAGACGCCGCUGGGCUUCACGGCGGAGUUCAAUCAGUGCUACUACAGCGAGGAGGAUGUCUGUGACUCCACGCAGGAUGCCCGCGGUCCCUUCCUGAACGCCCUCGUGAGUCGCAGCACACUAGCGAAGCUCUCAGUGGCGCGCUUGAGCCCCAUCAACGUGCUCGGCGAGAUGGCCCAGGAGCGCUUGCGGAAAGGGAGCAGCGAGGAGGAGCGCCUCGGCGGGUCGCUCUUCAGCGUGUCGCGCGUCAAGAGAGUGGAAUUGAUGGACAAUCUGGCCAAAUUUAGCGACAGCAAUUUACCCACUCCGAGCCAGAACGGCCUGGAGGCCGACGUCAGUCCGCGAGAUGUGCCCCUGCCGCCCACGCCGCGAAGCCCCUCGGACGGGAGUGUGCUCAAGAAAGUGGCCUCCCUGAUCUCGGCUGAACGCCAGCAGCAGCAGCCCGAGAAGAAAGCCCCCAUCGUGCCCGAGAAGCUCAACUUUGGCGUCUACGAGAAGUUUGAAGGUCAGAUGCUAAUGAAUUGGUUGGUGACAUCAGUGCAGCCGCACACCAACCUCACGGACCACGACAUCCACACCAUUUGUCUGCAGACGUGCACAAAUCUCCUCAUGGCCGGCGUCAUCAAGCAGAUACCCGACCGACUGGCGCCCGUUCAGGAGGUCUUUCGCACAAAUCUCAUGUACCAGUGGACGCACACGGAAGUCCCUCCCGCAACUCCCAUCACUCCUGGUCGUCUGGACGCCUCCACGGCGUGGCCUCAUCUGGAUAGGCCUGUAACGGUCCGCGAGGAAGAGACAACAGACAGUCUUCAGCAGCUCAAAGACCGCCUUAGUCAGUGCGAGAGCAUCAGUGAGAUGAAGACUCUGGUGGAAAACUUCCCAGAUCCUCAAGUCACGGACAUGAUAGUCUAUGAGGUUCCCAAGAUCUCCAAAGACAUUCAGCCACACGUGAAACGGAUCCGUCGGAAUUUAUCCAGCGAUCUCAGCGACGCCGAGCUGAGAUCGCUGCAUUUCAUCCCAAAUGGACAGGCGAACGGCUUUCGGCCGAUCUGCGAAGAGAAAUCAACGCAGACGGACUUCGAAGUGCUCCAUCUCAAGAAGAUCACCAUAUCUGCCACAACACCAAAGAGCCCCCUUGCGAGUCCCGUUGCAGAGGCUCCGCCCCCGCCGCCAUUGCCUCCCCCGCCCCCAGUGGCGAACAUCCCGGAAGUUACAAAGCCAGAAGAGCCUAAAAAGGAGAUCAACGCAGACGCGGACACAAUCAAUGGGGAGCGAGAAGCCAGCGUAAUCGUUCCUCCUCCUCCUCCACCUCCACCUCCAGUAAUGGGAGCCGCUGGCCCCCCGCCUCCUCCGCCGCCGCCAGGACCACCACCGCCUCCAAUGCCGCCUGGAGCUGCAGCUCCUCCACCGCCAGCUCCGCCUCCACUCGCCCCAAGUUGCCCCGAUGGCGCCAAAGCAGGUCCUGGCCCGGUUCCCUUUCCCCUCCCUCCGGCCGGCGGAUGGCAGCAGAGUCACACGCUCAGGAAAUCCGCCGUGAAUCCUCCGAAGCCCAUGCGACCACUCUACUGGACACGCAUAGUGGCUCCGAAAUCACCCGUUGAGGAUCUAAGUUUGAAUGGCUCAAAUCUGCUGUGGGCAGAGAUUGACGAGAUGAAGCUGGACAAUCUGGAUGAGUUUGCGGAGCUGUUUUCGCGACAAGCUGUGGUGCCAAAGGCCAAGGAAGCCCCCAAGAUAACAAAAGUGCGCAGCAUCAAAAUUCUCGACAGCAAGAGGAGCCAGAACGUGGCCAUCUUCGUGCGAUCCCUGCAUGCGGACUUUGCUGAGAUUGAGCAUGCUAUCAGCCAUUGCGACACUUCGGUGAUCAGUCUGCAGGCAUUGCAAGUGAUUAGGGACAUCAGAGCCACAUCUGAGGAGCUUGUUCAAAUCCGUGAAGCCUCCACUGAUGAGUCGCCAUUGGAUGAGCCUGAGCAGUUCCUGUUGCGUCUGGAAGACAUCUCAUCCUGCUCUGAGCGGAUCUCCUGCAUUGUCUUCCAGGCGGAAUUCGACGAGGCAGUGACGCUCCUGGAACGCAAGAUGGGUGUUUUCACAGACACCUGCAAUCUUAUGUUGGACAGUGAAAAUCUCAAGAAUCUCUUCUCCAUCAUCCUCACGCUGGGCAACUAUAUGAAUGGCGGGAAUCGAACGCGUGGUCAAGCGGAUGGUUUCGGUCUAGAGAUCCUGGGCAAGCUGAAGGAUGUCAAGUCCAAGGAUUCGAAGAUCACACUGCUGCAUUUCAUUGUGAAGACCUUCAUUGGCGAGCGCAGGAAAAGUGGAACGCCUCUCACAGAGUUGCAGAUCCCCAUUCCAGAAGCUGCUGACGUGGUUGUGUGCGCCUCAGUUGACUUUGAGGAUCUCACGCAGCAGCUGGAGAGGCUCGAGAAGAAGCUCAAGGAGUGCAAAGUAACUUCUCAGCGCGUAAUCGACUCCUCGUCUCCGGAGAACGUUCAGCCCUUCGAGGAGAAGAUGAAGGUUUUCCUGAAUGCCGCCACUGAUCGUCUGCUGUUGCAGAAGAAGGAAGUCAGCGACUGCAAGAGGGUGUUCAACAAAACGAUGGUGUUCUACAAAUUCUCGCCAAAGUCGGGCACGCUGGACGACACAAAGCCCGAGCAAUUCUUUGAGAUGUGGCUCGCAUUCUCCAAUGAUUUCAAAGACAUUUGGAAACGAGAGAUUCAGGAUCUGACGCGUGAAUUGCUCAAAAAGACCAAACCAUCACCCAAGCCGGCUAAAGCCAAGGCCAAGAAAGUCGUUCCGGGCAGCUUGAAGGAUCGCAUGCAGAAAUUCUCCAGCAAACUCGCUAGUUAGUCGCACCCUUGUUAUUUAAACUCCUGUACAUUGUGCCCCUCUCGCCCGUAGAAUUG